UCCAGAGGGGAAGGUUCUAACAGCAUUUACAUGAUGAGCUGCCCAUGUUCUGCUCCGUGUUCCUUCAGAAGGCAGAACCUGUGUGAUGUGAUGAGUCCAAAUCCACACCAUGUGCAUCCAACCCUGCACCUGCCCAUGUGCUGUCCUGAUCAGGGCUGCACGUUGCUCUCCUGCUCUCACUGUGCCAUAGGAAUUAAGGAAAGAAGAGCACUUUCAGUGCCUGCAGAGCUUGCCUGACCAGUCCUGCACACUGUGUAUCCCUCACAGCAGAGGGGCAGCAUCCUGCUCUCAGCUUUGUGAUUCCAUGCAGUGUGGGUGACAUAUCCCUCUCCAGUAGCUGUGCCGUGGGGCAGUGUUAAAUACGGGGCUGGGUUCCCAGCUCUGCUCUGUGUUGGCAGUGUCCCAGGCUGGAUGUCAGGGGAUCAGACACCCCUUUCUAUUCACAGCCCAGCAGAGAGGUGCUGGCUCUGCCUGGCAGCCCAUGCUCAGAAGCCCCCUCUGCCAUGUCCGUGCCAUCGGGGACUUGUCCCUUGUCCCUUCCCUUCUCUUGCUCUCCCAGCAGACAGCACGCUCUCACCUUGAGGGGAGUGGAAAUGUCAGCUGGAAUGUGGGCUGGGAAAAAAAGAAAGCAAAUCUUGAGGCUCGUCCAAACCUACUCCUGUUUGUAUUGGAGCCUGGGAGUGACAUCAGAGCAAGGAGACUAUAAACACCAGCAGGACCCACUCGGGGCUUUAAAGCCUGCAAACAUGGGGCUCCAGCUGGAGAAGCAGCUCCUCAUCCUCUCCCUGCUCUGCAUCCUCUCCAAGGUGUGCUCCCAGCUGUGCCGACGGCCGUGCUACUGCCCCCAUGUGCUGCCCCGCUGCCCACGCGGGUCCCCCCUGGUCCUGGAUGGCUGUGGCUGCUGCAGGGUCUGUGCCCGGCGCCUGGGAGAGCCCUGCGACUUCCUGCAUGUCUGCGACCGCAGCCAGGGGCUCAUCUGUGACUACAGCUCGGGGACAGGAGGCACCUGCAACUUUGAAGAUGAUGAGGAGGGCUGUGAGGUGAACGGGCGGCUGUACCGUGAUGGGGAGGUGUUCCAGCCCAGCUGCAAGCUGCAGUGCCGCUGCCUGGAUGGGGGCUUCACCUGCGUCCCGCUCUGCCAGGAGGACAUUCGCCUGCCCACCCCAGACUGCCCCUACCCACGGCGUGUGGACAUCCCGGGGAAGUGCUGCCCUGAGUGGGUCUGCGAGGCCAGAGAACAGCACCUCCUGCAGAGCACUGGGACAGCCCAUGCGGUGCCGUACCCCUGCCAGCCGUGGGGCACAGAGUGGAGUGCCUGCUCUGCCACCUGCGGCGUGGGCUUCUCCACCCGUGUCUCCAACCAGAACCUCUACUGUCAGCUGGAGACACAGCGGCGGCUCUGCAUGCUCAGGCCCUGCCCGGCUCUGCCUGCAGCAUCCCCUGCAAGGGGAUGAGGAGGGUGUUUGCAGCCAUACCCACCCUGGUUGCAUCCCAGAGCCAAUGACCUGGCUGGCACACGUGCAUGACACCGUGGUUUUGGAGGAGAUGGAAGACAUGUCCCUUGGGAAUCUGGGGGAGAACUGAUGGACUUCAGCUGCAGAGGAGGGUGGAAAUAGAGAACAAGAUCCCUACAACACGCCUGUGUACUCUGCUGCCCUGGGUAGGGUGGCUGGGCAGCAGCACCCAGUUGUAUGAGAUGGGGAAACCCACCUGAGAAAAGGGGACGUGGUCCUUUCCCAGACUGGAGAGGCUUUUGGAAGGGGCUGAGUGAUGCUGCUGUGCCAAGCACACACACACAGCUCUGCUCUGCAGAAUAGACCACUAGAAGGGCACCCUUUGCCCCCCACACUGGGGAUGAGGGCCACCACACCCAGGUACCGGCAGCUCCCAUUCACCUUCCCCACAUCCCUCCAGCACAAACAGCUUCCCACUCCGCCUGGCUGCCUGCUCUCCAAAGCCCGGCGGUUUGGCAGGGCUCUGGCAGGCGAGCAACUCAGACAGAGGAGGCACCAGACAUACCACCCCGCAUCCAAGCGCAUACCCCAAAAACUAAGGCCAGCAGAAAGGCAGGAGAUGGGAAAGGAAACAGCAGCGAUGAGCCCAACGGGCUGGAGCUGCUCCAGCGCGCAGAGCUGCACAGGAGAGCGGAGCGGCGGCGAACGUUUAGGGGCUGCUCAGAAACGAAACCCAAAUGCCCUCUAACGGCCUCGCAGCGAUGUGCAGAGCAGGGCGAGAAGAGCGGAGAGCAGAGCAGGCGAGGCUGUGUAUCCUGGCUGUGCACCCCUGCAAUCAAAGCGCUGUGAACGUGAUUGCAGCGUGUUACCCUGGGUUGAGCCCCUCGGCCAGCAGCAGAGCCCAGCAGCCCCAGCAGGUGCUGGAAAUAAAUCAGAGUGAAGGGUGUUGUCACCUCUUUUGGGGGAAAAAUUAAAGAAAAAGGAGAAAAUAAUAAAAAGUAAAAAUAAAUAAUAAUAAAGAAGACUCUUGCUGCUCAUGCAACAA